UGUUGUAAGUAAAGCAUUCUCCUUCCCAUUCCUAUUGCUUCCCAUCUUGAUUUAUCGUAUAGCAACAGUAAAUACUCCAUCUCUUGUUCCAGUUUCGUUUGAGAAAGAAUUCAGUAAACCCAUUCCCCUAAUACACUUUCUCUGUUUGGAAGCAUAGGGAGCUUCUCUUGUACGCCUAAAGAAAUGGUGGGACUUUCUGCUGGAGAAAAGCAUUUCAUACAAGGUGGAAUUGCCCAAGACCUUCGUUUAGAUGGUAGAAAAAGGUUAACCUAUCGACCCAUAUAUGUUGAAACUGGAAUCAUUCCUCAGGCACAUGGUUCGGCGAGAGUUAGGCUAGGUGCAACUGAUGUUGUUGCCAGUGUCAAGGCUGAACUCGGAAAACCCAGUGCAUUGCAACCUGACAAAGGAAAGAUUGCUAUGUUUGUUGAUUGUAGUCCAACUGCAGCACCAAUGUUUGAGGGUAGAGGGGGUGAGGAGUUGUCAACAGAGCUCUCAGUUGCUCUGGAACGGUGCCUCUUGGGUGGUAAAAGUGGAGCAGGAGCUGGAAUUGAUCCUACAUCUCUGGUAGUUGUGGAAGGAAAAGUGUGUUGGGAUCUCUAUGUUGAUGGUCUUGUUAUUAGUUCAGAUGGGAAUUUGCUAGAUGCCCUUGCUGCUGCCAUUAAGGCUGCUUUAAGCAAUACUGGCAUUCCUAAGGUCGAUGUUGCAGCCGAGAUGGCAGGUGAUGAACAACCUGAAGUCAACAUUAGUGAGGAAGAGUUUCUACAGUUUGACACAUCCGGGAUUCCUGUCAUAGUUACACUAACGAAGGUGGGGAAGCACUAUAUUGUCGAUGCUACAGCAGAAGAGGAAUCACAAAUGAGCUCAGCUGUCUCCAUUUCUGUUAACAGGAAAGGGCAUGUUUGUGGUCUUACGAAACGGGGCGGUGCAGGCCUAGAUCCGAGUAUCAUCCUUGACAUGAUAUCUGUAGCAAAACAUGCAAGUGAGCAGCUAAUAAACAAAUUAGAUUCUGAGAUUGCUGCCGCUGAGGCUGCUGAAGAGGAAUGAUGACUUUGUUUUCAAAACCUUUGUUAAGAAUGAAAUUUAUGGGUUGUUAGACUUUUUUUCCUUUG